GGAACGUUCUCGACGCAAAAGAAAAACAAAUCGAAAUUUCGAGAACCCUCUCGUCGUCUCUCACUUCUUCCCUCCCUUUUUAAGCUUUCGCCAUCAAUCGAAAAAUGCCACACAACUCGAUUCUCAAUGGCAGAAGAAGCAAAAUCAAAAGGAAACGCCUCUUUCUCCUCCGGCGACUACGCCGCCGCAAUCACCCACUUCACCGAAGCAAUCAACCUCUCCCCAACCAACCACAUCCUCUACUCGAACCGAUCCGCCGCCCACGCAUCCCUCCACCGCUACGCCGAAGCUCUCUCCGACGCCAAGAAAACCGUAGAGCUCAAACCGGACUGGUCCAAAGGGUACAGCCGGUUAGGCGCGGCGUACGCGGGCCUAUCUCGGUACCAAGAAGCAGCCGAUGCUUAUAAGAGAGGCUUAGAGAUCGAUCCGAACAACGACGCGCUGAAGUCGGGGCUAGCCGACGCGUCGAGACCACGCGGCGGCGGCGCUAAGUCGAAUCCCUUCGUCGAGGCGUUUCAAGGAGAGGAGAUGUGGGCGAAGCUGACGGCGGAUCCGGGGACUAGGGUUUAUCUGCAGCAGCCUGAUUUCGUGGAGACGAUGCAGGAGAUUCAGAGGAACCCUAAUAACCUUAAUUUGUAUAUGAAGGAUAAGAGAGUGAUGCAGGCUUUGGGUGUUUUGUUGAAUGUUAAGUUCGGUGGAGAAGAUACGGAGAUGCAGGAGGCUGAGCCUGAGCCUGAGCCUAUGGAGUUGACGGAGGAGGAGAGGGAGAAGAAAGAGAGGAAGGAGGAGGCGAAGAAGGAGAAAGAGAAAGGAAACGCUGCCUACAAGAAGAAGGAGUUUGAGAAGGCUAUUGAACAUUAUAGUAAGGCGAUGGAGCUUGAUGAGGAAGACAUAUCCUAUCUCACCAACCGUGCUGCUGUUUAUCUUGAGAUGGGAAAGUAUGAGGAGUGCAUUCAAGAUUGUGACAAGGCUGUUGAGAGAGGCAGGGAGCUUCGUUUUGACUUCAAGAUGAUAGCAAAAGCUUUGACUAGGAAAGGCACUGCGCUAGUGAAAAUGGCGAGAUGCUCGAGGGAUUUCGAACCUGCGAUCGAGACUUUUCAAAAAGCUCUUACGGAGCAUCGUAAUCCUGAUACGUUGAAGAAACUAAACGAUGCUGAGAAAGCUAAGAAAGAGCUGGAGCAACAGGAGUACUUUGAUCCUAAGAUAGCCGAGGAGGAGCGUGAGAAAGGUAACGAAUUCUUUAAAGAACAGAAGUACCCAGAAGCAGUGAAGCACUACUCUGAAGCAAUCAAAAGGAACCCGAGGGAUGUGAGGGCGUACAGCAACAGAGCUGCUUGUUACACAAAGCUAGGAGCAUUACCAGAGGGAUUGAAAGAUGCUGAGAAAUGCAUUGAGCUUGACACAAGUUUCACCAAAGGAUACCGUAGGAAAGGAGCCAUUCAGUUUUUCAUGAAGGAAUAUGAUAAAGCCAUGGAGACGUAUCAAGAAGGACUGAAGCAUGAUCCUAAGAACCAGGAGUUGCUUGAUGGUGUUAGAAGAUGUGUGGAGCAGAUAAAUAAAGCGAACCGCGGUGAUCUGACUCCGGAAGAAAUGAAGGAGAGACAAGCAAAGGCUAUGCAAGAUCCAGAAGUUCAGAACAUAUUGUCUGAUCCGGUGAUGAGACAGGUGCUGGUUGAUUUUCAAGAGAACCCAAAAGCUGCACAAGAGCACAUGAAGAACCCAAUGGUGAUGAACAAGAUACAGAAGCUGGUUAGUGCUGGUAUUGUUCAGGUUCGGUAGAAUGGUUCUGGCAAAAUUGGAUUCUAAGAAAAAUGUAUCCAAGUUCCUACCGGGUUGUACUGGUUAGCUGAGAGUCUGAUCUGGUUUGAGUCAUGUUUUGUGAGGUCGAAUUGUGUUCUCAUAUUUUUCUCUUUCUUAUUUGUGUUUACUUCCUUUGAAUCUUCUAUGUGUUCAAGCUUCUAAGUCUAUAAAGCUGUUUCUCCUGUAUUA